AUGGCGAAGGAUAAAUAGGGUGAAAUAGAUGUGGAUAACAUUAUUGAAAGAUUACUCAGUGUCAGAGGUAGCAAACCAGGAAAGAAUGUGAAUCUGACUGAAUCUGAAGUUCGUGGUCUCUGUAUAAAGGCUAGAGAUAUCUUCAUCAGUCAGCCAAUUUUGUUAGAAUUGGAGGCGCCUCUUAAAAUUUGUGGCGAUGUUCAUGGAUAGUAUUUCGAUCUCUUGAGAUUAUUCGAAUAUGGUGGUUAUCCCCCUGAGAGUAAUUAUCUAUUUCUGGGUGACUAUGUGGACAGAGGGAAAUAGUCAUUGGAAACCAUCUGUUUACUUCUAGCUUACAAAAUCAAGUAUCCUGAAAACUUUUUCCUUCUCAGAGGCAAUCAUGAAUGCGCAUCCAUCAAUAGAAUAUACGGGUUUUAUGAUGAAUGCAAGAGGAGAUACACAAUUAAAUUAUGGAAGACUUUCACUGAUUGUUUUAAUUGUCUACCCGUGGCUGCAUUGGUUGAUGAAAAGAUUCUUUGUAUGCAUGGAGGACUGUCUCCUGAACUCUCUAAUUUGGAGCAAAUCAGGAGGAUUAUGAGACCGACGGAUGUUCCUGACACUGGUCUCUUAUGCGAUCUGCUGUGGUCAGACCCCGAUAAAGAUGUCUAAGGGUGGGCAGACAACGAGCGAGGAGUUUCCUAUGUCUUUAGUUAGGAAAUCGUUCAGGUCUUUCUCAAAAAGCACGAACUCGAUUUGAUUUGCAGAGCCCAUCAGGUGGUGGAGGAUGGCUACGAGUUCUUUAGCAAACGGCAAUUGGUGACUCUCUUCUCAGCGCCGAAUUAUUGUGGCGAGUUUGACAAUGCCGGCUCGAUGAUGACUAUUGAUGAAUCCUUAAUGUGUUCAUUCCAAAUACUAAAACCAGCUGAACAGGGUGCGUAGGGUGCAUCCUAAUAAAACAAACCUCCAAGUGCUAAGUUUGUCAACUGA